AUGGCCGCUUCGCGUAAGCCGGUCCAUUCGCCAGCCAACCUGACGACGCAAAGUACGGAUAGCCUCUUACAAAGCGAUCAUUCCCUUAUCAUUGGCGCUUUCGGCGUUAAGCACAUGAAGCUCUUGCACCACUUUACCAUAUUCACUGCGAGCACUCUAUCGAACAACUCCAAAGUGCAAGAGGUUUGGCGGAUGACAGUCCCAAGGCUUUCGUUUUCUACCCAUUUUGUACUAUACGCCAUUCUCGCGCUCGCCUCACUUCACCUGGCAUAUUUAGAAGAAGACCAAGCGCAGCACCAUUGGUCACGUGGUAUCGAAUUGUUCCAGAAGGCACUCGACGGGGCGAAGCCAGCCAUGCAGCAUAUCACGGAGGAUAACUGCACAUCGCUGUACCUAUUUUCCAUGCUAACCUGUUACUUCGUUCUAGCAAGGGGCUACGAGUACAUCCCUGGCGUCGACGAGGGAGAAGGCGGCGUUCUCGGCUGGAUCUUCCUGUUUCAAGGAACAAAAACACUCUUGACGGCUCCCUACCCAACAAUUUUGCGCUCCGGGCCACUCGGGGUUAUGUUUGAAGUGGGGGAGCAGCGUGCCCUCCUGCUAGACUCAACGCGGAGGAUAGAAUGUGAGGCACUCGGGAUGUUACGAGAGGCGCUUCAGAGAGAAGUCUCGGACGUGCAGGAGAUGGAGGUAUAUGCCGAGGCGGUACGCCAUCUCCAACUAUCCUACAACAUCGUUUAUGAACAGCCCCGUGGACUAUACGAGGGCACAGACGUCUUUAUCUGGCUCUUCAGAACACCUCCUGAGUAUUUCAACCUCCUGAAAAGGAGGCGGCCCGCCUCGCUAGCCAUCUUCCUCUGUUUUGCGGCGCUUAUCCGCCAAUUACAUGAUACCUGGUGGGCUAGAGAUUGGGGCGAGGGGAUAAUAAAAAUCCGGGGGAGAGCCACAGAUGGCUUUUGGAAGUCGUGCCGGGCCUCAAUCCACAGCAUGGCUGAAAAGGCAAACUCUUACGUAGACUUCUAA